GUUCGCGAGCGCUGAGUCGGUCGUCCAACAGCCCGUGCCACGGGGCCCCUUCCUAGAAUCAAAUGUUUGCCAGGUCGAUCUCUUUGCGCCCUACCUCGUUGUCCAGCGGUAGCCGGCUCACUCGCUCGAUGUCAAACAAAUUACACCACCACCAUCUGCAUGACAGCCAUGUUUCAUGGGGAUGCAACCCCUGCUGGUGCUUGGGCGUGCCGUCGACCGGGCGCGGCGCCUGCGGUCCGGUCGCUGACCGCCCUCUCACCCCUCCUAUUUCAGCUGCUGCUGCUGUCAUGGCUGCUGCUUCUUGAGGCGCCGGACGCAAUGGCACAAGAAGAGCGACAAGGCAGGACGGAAGAGGGGCGGCAGAAGUGGCCGUCCACGCCUUCGGCAUCGCAGUCGCCACUGCCGCAGCAGGAGGACGGGCAGCAUCAGGUGCCAAGGACCGCUCCUCCGUCAUCUGCGGGCCAGCAGACUACUGCCAGCCAUUCGUCAUCUGCAGCAGCGCUGGCGGCGUUGGAAGGCGUCCAGGCACUGCUCGAGGCAGCAAUGGCAGCAGUGCGCGCUGAAGGCGCCGGCGGAAGCGGUAGCGGCAGUAGCAGCCGCGCAGACGGUGGCGGCAGUACUGACGGCAGUGCCGGGGGUGGCGGCAGCAGCAGCAGAGACGGCAGCGGCGGAGGCGGUGACCCCAGCGGUGGAAGCAGGCGUGAUGAGCCACCUGCGCGCCAUCCUCCUUCCGGCCGGCGCCCGCCACCAGCUGGGUCUCGUGCGGAUGGUCGCAGCAGCGGCGCCGGCGAAAGUGCAAGCACGACUGGCGGCAGCGGCAUUGUGGUUAACAACAUACACAUCUCGCUGCCAGUCACCAUUACCACAACUAACAACAAUUACGCACUGCCGCCGCCGCCGCCGGCCAACCCGCCACCUGCUGCACCACAGCCCGGUGGCUCCAGCACUACGGCAGCAGGCGCCUUCUCAGGCACCGGCCUGCGCAAUUCAGGGAUGCUGCCGCCGCUGCUAGGGACCCUGGGAGCUGGUAUCGGCGGCGCCAGUGGAAAGCUGUUUGGCGUCGGGCUUGCGGGUGACAGCAGCAGGGCUCGCAGUCAGCUUGGCGGAGGAGUUUGGGGCCUGCUCCAAUCCCUCCACCCAGGCUUGCCAGCUUUCUCGCUCCGCGCCGGUCAUGUGUCUCCAGCUGCAGCUGCAACCGCUGCCGCCAGCAGGCUCGCGGCUACUGCUGCGGCCGCUGCCAUGCAAGCGGACGCCGCCACAAAGGCCGCUGCGUCUACCGCCAGCGCGGCAUCUGUUGCUGAUGCUGCCGCUUCCUCCGCUGCUGCAGCAGCUGCUGCCAGCGCUGCCACCACUGGCAGUAGUGGCGCUGGAGUCACUCUUAUGCAGCUCUUCUUGCAGGCCGCCACAGCCGCCACCGAGGCAGCAGCCAGCACCGCAUUAUUCCGCAGCAGUGUCAGCGCACCGGCUUCUUCCCCACAUGAUCGUGCCACUCCAGCUCCUGCGGCCGGGCAAGCGGAUAGCAAAGUCAGUGAUGAUGUAAAGGGCUCCGCAAACGGCCCUGCUGAAGGCCCACCACCCCUCAAGAUGGAUGGCAGCUUCUUGGCAUCGCUCAUAUCCGGUCUCAUGGACGGACGGUCUCUGGACCUGAGCUCGCGCAUGGCACCCGAUGGCUCAAAUGUGGUCUUCAGUAUCCGGCUGCCAGCAGCGGACGAGGAUGGGGGGGAGUCGGGUGUACCCGAGGCGGCAGCUGAUGGCCCCGCCGGAGACGGCCAGGCGAGGUCCAGCAGGAACGGUGUUGGCGAGGCCACGGCUGCUGACGCGGUGGCGCCGGAAUCGGGGCAGCAGCAGGGUGCUGCUGCUUGGGGCAGCAGUAGUAGUGGUAGCGGCGGCGGCAGCAAUAUUCAUGCCGGAAUGCGGCCGUGCACCAUCUCAGCACACGCCGUGCCCGGUGUGCCUGACUGCCGCACAGCUAAUACCGAAUACCCUACAGCUAUUGGCGCAGCAGCAGCAGCGCUCGCUGCGGGCGACGGCGCACCAGCGGCGCAACAGGAGUGGCGCUCCUCCACUUCCAAUGCCCCAGCAGCUUCCCGUAAUAGGCCUGCUGCGCAGCCGCCGCGGCCGCUGCGGCCUCCCCCCGCCCCGCCUGCAAACCGCACCAACUCAACCAGCCUCUCCAUCGAUUUCACGCUCAGCCCCUCACUGGUGUUGCAGCUGGCACCCACGCUGGGCCUGUCUGGCGCGCCCACCCUGGCUCCGAUCAUGCAGCUCACCAGGCAGCCCACGGCGGCCUACAUAUCGCAGUUUACAAGGCAGCCUACCAUCGCACCGACGGUCCAGCCCACAGCCGCAUACGUGGACUCGCCGACAAUCCAGCCCACGACCCAGCAAACGCUGUCGCUGACGUACCGCCCGACGCAAGAGGGCACGCUGUCCCUUUCCGUCAGCCCCUCCUCGCCGCCGCCGCCGCCGCCGGGUUUCCACAACAGCACAUUCACCGCUGCAACCGCUGGCGAUGUGAAUGCCCUGGCCGCAGCGGCAGCGGGCCUCCCUUUCAAGGCGCAUUCGGCAGCAGCAGGCGUUGCGCCUGCUGCUGCUAGUGCUGCUGGUACCGCCGCCACCUCCGCACCCCUCAGUGAUGAUGGGUAUGGUAGUGCUGCAGGUGGAGGCCUGCUGACGCCCGGUGGAGGAUUUGCAGCCGCCGCCAAUGCUGCUGCUCAGGCUCUAGGGCCACAGCAGGCCACUAACCCGUACAUGUACGACGUCAGUCCUUACGCAGCAUACGCAGCAGGUGCCUGGCAGCAAGCCGCGGCAGCUACCGCCGCCGAUUACCCACAAUCGCUCGCCGCCGCCAGCUUGGCGAUUGCGCAGCAGUACGGGGAGAUUGGACCGUACGUGCUCCAGGCAUUUGGGCAGCUGCAACAGCAAAUGUCUGCAGCCGCCGCUGAGGAGCAGCUACUGUUACAGCAGCAACAGCAACAGCAACAGCAACAGCAACAGCCGUGGGGCUAAAAGCGGCUAUCACACAAUAAGAAUGCGUUUGUGAUGUAGAUAGAGUCCGUGACUUGGAAGGUGAUCACCCUGCUCACGCCCCCAAAGGCGUGCCGCCGGCACUGCAACUACUGCAGCUCUAGCAGCUCUAGCUAGCUAGUAGGCUUGCUUCCAUAUGACGCUAUGCUCAACUCCUCCCGUAUGUAUUGUACCGAGCAGCUUACUACGUGUCAUUACUCUACCUCCUCGUCCACUCAUCAAGAUGACACUACUUCACGGUUUGUCGAACUUCAUCAUACGUGCAUAUAGUGCACGGUAUGUAGCAUACGGCAUGCGGUGGCCAACCAUACGGCACCACACCAAGAGCUUGUUUAUUGACGUUGCAUACUCCAGUAGAUAGAUAGUACUGUUGACGGACCUCGUGCAGCACGGCGGCGGGAACGGCGAGCUUCUUCACACCGGUGGCGGUGGCGGGGGUCGUACGAGCAGCCUUGGUGGCCAGAUGUUUGCAGGAGCGGACGCGCACUGCGGCCAGCAGCUAGCACUUACAAUUGAUGUGCGUGAGUGUGUACGGUAUCUGUAUGUGUGACCGCAAAGUGACCGCAAAGUGGUCACAAACCAGUCGCAAAUUAUCCCAAACGUGCCUACACCCGUAUUUUCCCUGAACAGCCCGUUGUACAAGUUCAGUUGUAGAAAUAAAGACACCCUGCGGUGUGACUGAAGGGUGCAUGUUUGGCGUGGCGGCGGCGAUGAGGAGACAGGGUCCGUGAACUUCUC